AUGGAGUGGGUGUACCUGUGUUGCGUUCCGAGCUUUUGCCGAACGGAAAGCAACGUGUAUCUGGAACAGCAAUGGGCGGGAUUUCGUCGCCGCUCAGCGCUUCACUUUAGUUCCUCAAAUUUACCCGCGGAUGCCAUACGUAUCACCGCGUCUUCCGUAAAAGAAAGACCGACGGCCCGCCCGACACCGCCAGCCCUUGUCCCCGCGGAGUUCCGGGCGGCUCUCUCGUCCAUCUCCCGACGGCGCCUCGAAGCCUCGUCUGCCUCAAAGUGUCGGAAGCCUCGUCUGCCUCAAAGUGUCGGAAGCCUUGUGUGCAAGAAGCCUUUGUGCCGCCCCGGGGGCUUCGCUGGCGUUUGGCUUCGUCUGAAUUCUCUGAUUCAUUUUGUUUCUUCGUGCGAUCCGAUACUGUGUUUCGGGUUUGACCUUCUCUUCGUCCGCUGGAAGAUGCUUGGGGAAAGAGAGAGAGAAGAGUGAAUA